AUGGAACAGGAUGCCCAGUUAUCUGUACCCGGCGAUGCGCCAGCCCCGCCGGCCUCUCCCCCGCCGGCCUCUACAUUACUGCUGCAAGACCACUUCGCAGGCGGGUAUUCAUCGCCAUCGGUUCAGAAGGAUAGAACUUAUCUUAAGGUUGUAUGGUCACUACAGCGUCGGGGUUUAGAGAACAGCGAGUUCGAGGGUAGACGGUGUCUCGUAGGUCUAUAUGGUUGCGGGUUUGGAUAA